UUGUAGAGUGCGCCUCGAUGUUGAUCUUGCUGGCUUUGAACCUGGGUACAACUGAGGUAUCCCCUGCACCAGUCUGCAGCACUGGAGAAACCGGGUGCCGGUUUAUUUCAAUAGAUGAUCUGUUUGACCGAGUUAUCCUGCACUCUAGCAAGCUCCACAGCAUAGCCAGCGAUCUUUACACUGACGUAGAGCAGCACUUUCUAACAAGCAAAAAUCAGCUAGGAAGGUCUGCCAACCCAUGCCACACCGCAAGUAUUCGAACACCUAACGGAAAAGAGAAUGUCCAGAAAGUGCCGGGUGAAGAACUCACUCAAGUUAUCCUAAGACUCUUAUUAGCCUGGAAGGAUCCUUUGCUUCGGCUUCAUAAAAACAUUGGUCAAUAUGAAGAAUUUUCUGUGGCUGGCCACACCAGAACAAAAGAAAUAAGUGAUAUGGUGCAGUCAAUGAGAAGUGGAGUAGAAAAAGUUGCAGAAAAGAUGAAGUCACUACAAAUUAUUAACAAUUCACUAUAUGGACUGCCACUUCCAAAAAAUGAGGAUUUAUCUGAGUCUGAAAAUACUGAGGCCGAACUGUUGACUGACUUUGAGCUUCUCCACUGCUUUAGGAGAGAUUCUGAUAAAAUUCAAAACUACCUGAGAAUGCUUAAGUGCCGGAUUGUACCCGAAAAUAAAUGCUGAAACUUUCAUAUUUAUUUUACAGUUUUCAUUAGUGUUAUUGUUUAAGGAAAUUGUUGACAAAGAAUGGUCCUGUCUUAGUCAUAAAGUAAACCCAAUUACUCCUUUUUCAUUGUGUGUUCUUCAUUGAGAUAAGACUAAGAAAUAUCAUUCUGCCAAGAAAAUAGUCAUUUCACCGUUGUUGAAAACAUAAUUGCAACAUUCCAGCAUGUUUAGAAAUAAAAUGUAUUCAAUAUGCAUGAUAUGGUUUUGUUCAAACACUCAUAAUU